AUGCCCAGCUCAUCCCCAAGAAGUGAUCGAGCCCUCCAGGCUCCAGAGAUGGAUCUGUCCUACAGAUCCACCAUCUCCAUCUAUAAGAGUAUCCUGGAGCAGUUCAACCCUGCGCUGGAGAACCUGGUGUACCUGGGGAACAACUACCUGCGUGCCUUCCACGCAUUAUCCAAAGCAGCUGAAGUGUACUUUAAGGCAAUUGAGAAGAUUGGGGAGCAAGCUCUGCAGAGCUCCACCUCACACAUGCUGGGUGAAAUUCUUAUGCAGAUGUCUGAUAUGCAGAGGUUACUGAGCUCUGAUUUGGAGGUUGUGGCUCAGACCUUUCACGUGGACCUGCUGCAGCACAUGGAGAAGAACAGCAAAAUGGAUGUGCAGUUCAUCAGUGAGAGCCAGAAGCACUAUGAGCUGGAGUACCAGCGCAGAGCCACCAACCUGGAUAAGUGCAUGGCAGAGCUGUGGAGAAUGGAGAGGGCUCGUGAUAAAAACACACGGGAGAUGAAGGAGAAUGUGAUGCGACUGCGCUCAGAGAUGCAGGUGUUCGUCGCUGAGAGCCAGAGAGAGGCUGAGCUGGAGGAGAAACGCCGCUACCGCUUCUUGGCUGAAAAGCACCAGAUGCUCUACAACACUCUCCUCCAGUUUUACAGCAGGGCUCGGGGUAUGAUCCAGAACAAGGCACCACGAUGGAAGGAGCAGCUGGAGGCCAGCCGCAACCCCUCAAACAGCCACUCACAGGGUCUGCUCGCAGCCUCCCACGGCCAGGGGUAUCCAUCAGGACGGCUCACACCCACUCACCUUGAGAUGCCCCAGAGACCCCUCGGGGACUUUGCCUCUUCUGUGACUGGCAGUAGAUCCAGCAUCUUCUCUCCAGACCCUCCAGAAAUGAGACUGUCUCCUCAGCCGGAGUCUCCCAGGCAGCCACUGAGGAGGACACCAUCAGCCAGUUUGCUCCCUACAGGCCGUACUUCCCGUUCGGGUUCCUUCAGCAAGGCCAGCAGUGGCAGCGAGGGCAGGAAGAGGAGUGGCAUGGCAAAAGUGCAGGCUAUCGUGCCCCACGCCACGGGUGCCAACCGGACUCUGCUACGGUUUGACCCCGGGGAUGUCAUCACGGUGCUGAUGCCGGAUGCACAGAAUGGAUGGCUGUAUGGAAAACUGGAGGGCUCGUCCACGUGUGGCUGGUUCCCUGAAGCUUAUGUCAAGCCUCUGGAGGAUGCGCGGGAGAUGGAAGAGCCAGACACCAGGUCUUUCCCACUGCGAAGCAGUCACAGUAUGGAUGACAUCCUGGACCGUCCCAGCACUCCCUCCUCUAGCAAUUACUGGCCUGCUGCUGCCCAGCCCAGUGUGCCGAACCCACCUCCCCUCUCGGUGGGCGCCAGCAGUCACCAGAGUGGGGCAGUCACCCCAGUCAGUUCUGGCUCCAAGAAAUCAGGAGUAUUUGACCAGCCCCCUGAACUCUUCCCACGAGGUACCAACCCCUUUGCCACAGUCAAGCUGCGUCCCACAGUCACCAAUGACCGCUCAGCACCCAUCAUUCGAUGAGGCAGGGUUGCAGAUAUUGAAGAAUUUCAGCAGAGAAGGAGGAAGAGGAC